AUGCUCGCUGUAUGUCUCGCAGCCCUAGCAUACCUUGCUCUACCUUUUGCCCUUGUUUCCGUUUACUUCAAGCCAAGAAAUGCAGCCUCUGAUGCUGCGAGGCUUGGAUAUGUCCUCAAGAAUCAAGUGACACAUGCACGUUUCCUUCCUGCAUUAUCCAAGCACGCCUUCAGCUAUCCUACUGUAUCUCUGUUGGUAUCUCUGAAGGCCCUAGAGUCAGGAAAGCUAGACCUAGGUUAUGGCCUGGUGUUUCGCUACGGUGGACUGUGGGGAAGGCUCACCGGACUGAGGGCGGAGCCGUAUCUGUCGCCUCAAGUAGGGUCUGAGUCGAUACGAGACAAAUUGAACGCUUUGCUCACCACGCAUGAAUACAGCGAGGAUUUGCUUGACGAUGUCUGGAUGAUGACGAUGCCGAGUUACUUGGGAUUUGAAGGCAUCAACCCUCUGACCGUUUAUUUUUGCUACAAGGCAGGGGUCUUCUGGCUGACUGUACUUGAAAUUCAUAAUACGUUCGGUGAAAGCCACGUUCAUGUUUUAGAAGUGGGAAAGAAUGAGGAUUCUUGCGGUAACCGAUUUGAUCAUCAAUGGACCUUCCCACGGAACUUCCAUGUGUCCCCAUUCAACGACCGGUCCGGGUUCUAUACAAUACGUAUACGGAAACCUAGUCAUCCUCCAGGUAAAGCCUACACCCCGCACGCACCUCCUCUACCUAUCGUCAGUGUCGAUCUCUAUACAGAAGAUGCCUCAGUACCUGCUGUACCAGGCCAGCUCAAACUGUCUGCAACACUCCGAGCUAAAUCUGCCAAACCGCUAGACACGCGUUCCCUUCUUCCUAUCCUUCUUGCUGCACCCUUCGACCUGUUCCUUUCAUUCCCUCGAAUUGUUUACCACGCAUGGAUACUGCAUUAUUCAAAGCGUCUAGAUGUAUUUAUCAAGCCCGACCCAAGACCUGUCAACUCAGAGCGGAGAUCUGUACCGGGCGGCGGAGUCAAGUGGCUUGGGGAAGGCAUCUUUGAAGCCUAUACACGAAGACGGCUCGAGACAUAUCUCAAGCAGAAGGUCGAAGAAAUAGGUGUAACUGUUCGACUGGUGCCAAAUGACCAGGGGGCGCCUAGUAUAGUUUUCCAGCCCAGGGCACGGGGCGAAGACUGCCAGGAAUUAACAGUUCGUUACCUUUCUGGAAAAUUCUUUACCAUCAUGUUCAUGGCACCUUCUGCUGCCCAUGCAUAUCUCCUGGGAGUCCGCUCCGAAGGCAUCUUCACUGUGUCUUCGGAAACGCUUUUUGUCUCCGUUUUCGAACCGCAGCAUCAAGCGGGACGUCUCAGUGGAAGACAGUGUAUGCGGCGCAAGGUCGUUCCACCUUCUCUUCCAUUGCCUAUUCCACAGGGGCAUAUCUUGGAUGUGGAUGCUCUCGGAACAGUGGUGCUAUGGGUUUCGUGGCGAAUGGACGAACUUGAGAAUGUUUUGUUUCGGUCGUUUCGCGCCAGAAUCCAGCCAGGAGGUGAACCAUGGUAUUGGAAUCAAUGGGAUAGAGCCCUGGCUGUUUGGGAGAGUGGUAUCAAGCGCUCUGCGGUUGUAGCCUAUUUUGAGAGAAGGAAAGUAGGAAUCAAGACGGACGCUUCGGCCACUCCUGCUGGCGCGACGGAACGUCCCCUUGACUCCAACGAUCUAUGCAACUCUCUAGGCACUUACUUUGGCAGUUAA